AUGCAAGCCGCUCGAAAACUCCAAGUUCAGAAUGUCCUUGGAUGCGGGCGAGAUAGAUUAUCGAGCCGCCGAUUGCUCUCAACGUCACGACGCUUGUCACCAGCUCAGCUAGUGAACACCGGGAACUAUAGACCGGACGCUCUGCAUCCAUCAAGGGUUUCCAUCCCGGUAGACGGCGAGUUGGCUGAAUUCUCGGCGGUACUACUGCGUGAUUCAUGCGCAUGCCCAUUAUGCGUGCACGAGUCCACGAAACAGAGAUUAUUUUCUGCUGCCGACAUACCUGCUGAUGUCCAUGCCAGAGCAGUUGAGAUUGACUCUCCAUCGGACUCGGUAAAAAUCGCGUGGGAGAAAGAUGUCCCUGGAUACAAGAAAGAACACAUUACAACACUGAGUAUGAAAGCCGUGCGGAGGAUGAUGCAAUCCGGCCGGGCUCCUGGGUCUCACGCAGAUUCCUUCCCACCCCCAGUGCUGUGGAGCAAAGAGCCUCUCAACCUGCCAGACUACGACUAUGACGCCUACAUGAAGGACGAUAAAACGCUGUAUCAACUCAUCAGUCAGCUACGUACUGAAGGACUAGCCUUUGUUACCAAUGUCCCCGGUCUUACAGAGUCUCUCGCCACCAUUGCAACUCGGAUUGGACCGGUGAAGGAUACAUUUUAUGGUCAUACUUGGGAUGUGCGGACUGUUCCGGCGGCGAUUAAUGCCGCCUACACCUCGCAUGAUUUGGGGUUCCACACCGACUUGCUCUACUUUCAGCAGCCACCGCAUGUCCAACUUCUUCACUGUAUCCAGUCUGCAUCUUCUGGAGGAGCUAGCGUGUUUGCCGAUGCGUUCAAGGCGGCGGUCGACUUGUUUCACACAGACAAGGACGCAUUCAACACCCUUGCCACGGUCCCUGUGAACUACCAUUACAACCAUCCAGAUUCGAAUGUGUAUCACACCACCAAGCCUGUCAUCGACUUGGGUCCCCUUCGUGUGAGUAAUACGGUAUAUACAAAUGUCAGCGACUAUUUGGAGGCCAUGGACAGCCGCCAGGGUGGGAGUUCGGCUUCUGAGAGGAAGACGGCCACGCUUGUCGAAAGCCUGCAGAAGAUCAACUGGGGCCCUCCAUUUCUCGCACCUUUUUCCAACCAUGAAAGCCCAACAAAUCAGCCUGCUCUUUCGGCAUUGAACAGCAAAGUCGAUGAAUGGCAUCAGGCGGCCUCCAAAUUCAAUACUCUUUUACAACGCCCAGAGUAUCUGUACGAGCGCAAGAUGAAGCCGGGAGAGUGUGUAUUAUUUGACAAUACAAGAACACUACACUCCCGAAGAGCCUUCGAUAUGGCUGAUGUAGGAAAGCCAAGAUGGCUGAGGGGGACCUAUGUGGACAAGGACCCUUAUUUCAGCAAACUGCGUGUGUUACAGCAUAAGUUUAGCUAGCAGGAGGCAGGUUGAUGCUUGGCAACAUGUUCAUAAAUAGGGAGUGUUGAAGCCGUUUAGGAUAGACCAUAAGACGAAAGAGAUCUAUGUUUUUUGGACGGUUUUAGGAUGGUAGAGUCGGUAUAGCGUACAAGACAAUGGCCUCGAAGCUACCACCCAGCAACAACCCCACCACGGGUGUUAUAUAGCCCAAUCAAAGUAUCCACACUGGCUAAGGCCUAUAGGCCCUUUCUGCAGUCGGUUCUGGCUGCCUGUGCAGUUGUUAUCAGUGAACAUUAAUUGACAUGCGGUAGUCACGUGGCGCCUAGUCACGAAGCCGAAGCAAGGGUGCGGGGCUUUUC